AUGCCUUCUUUUAUCAAGAACCAUGAUUACCCAGGCUAUGCGACCCUGGGGGAUGUUUUCAACAUUAGCGCCGCAAGCUCCUUUGAAGUGUCCAACACUUGCAUCGUAGCCACAUCGGGUCAGAUUGGCGAAGCCGCCGACUAUUCGCCAUUCGAACCCUCGGGUGCCAACAAUGAGCAGUUUAGCGGCGGACACGCUGAGCAAUUUGAACUUGCACUCAAGAAUAUUGAAAAGUCCCUAUCGGCGGCCCAGCCCAGUCUGUCCCCCCAGGAGCUUUGGGAAGGUGUCUUUAACAUUACGUCUUUCCACGUCGGUGUUGUGCCACAGCAAGACCAGCUGGAAAUCGCAGCUGUGGCGAGGCGCUAUCUGAGGAUGAAUAAACCAGCGUGGGCAGCCAUAUGUGUGGCCGCCCUGUUUCCGCCAAAGUGUUUGGUGGAGGUCCAGGUGCAAGCGGCAUACAAGAAGGAUAUUUGA